GAGAAGGUUCUAUAGGGGGGAAAAGAAAAUGACGAGGUCGCUCCUUACGGCAGAUUUCACCUAACAGAAGUUUUAUUGUGUGUGGUGUUCAUUUCCAGAAUUGUGGAGUGAGACUGACUGACUGAAUUCAACGAUUCGGUGAGAGAGUGACUGUUAAAGGUGCGGUGAUAGAGAAGCGAAAAAGCGUAUAGCGCACACGUUUAUUAUUAUAUUGAAAGCGCGCUUAUAGAGGAAAAUCAUCGCAGUCAAGGCAACAGGCUGUGUGCGUGUGGGUUGUGUUUGUUGUUGUGUCAGUGGUGAGCAACACAAAUUUUGUGACGCGCGAGAUGGAAACCCUUGAAAAGAGUCGCGUGUGUCGACUCUGUGGAAAACAUUCGGGUAUCUCUAUCGAUAUAUUCGAUAAAAAUGACAACCAUUUCAAGAAAAUCAAUGCAAUCCUACCUAUUUUGGUGCACGAGAUGGACCUUCUACCAAAACACAUUUGUCAUCGUUGUAGCUAUAAACUUGAGGAAUUUCACAAAUUUUACAUAGAAUGUCUAAAAACUGAUACGGCAUUAAAAAAUCAAUUAUCAUGGAUGCGUAAAGAUACAGAGAAAACAAAAAAAAUAACAACAACAAAUGGUGUGCCAAUGGUACAAAUUGAAAAUGUUAAAAUAAAAUGUGAACCACAUGAAAUUGAUCCACUAUUAGAAAGUGUUGGCCUCGUUGAAUUUCCAAUAAGUGGCAUUGAUAGUGAUUUACAAAAAUGUUUACUCUACACAACAUUUUCCAAUACAACAUCACGCUGCCAAUGUUUUUAUAAUAAUAAAACAAAUUCAACAUUAGGAAAAAAAGAAGAAGAAGAAGAAGAAAAAAAAGAAGAUGAUAAAGAAAAAGAAGCCAUAUCCAAAGACUGUACACAUAUUCAUUUAUCAAAAAGGCCUAAAACUGAUUUUAAAUAUUCAUUGGAAAAUAAAACAAAUGAUACAGAAUUAAUUUGGAAAAAACAAAAAAAUUUAAAUGACAAUGAUAGUAAAAAAUUAUCAUUAUCUAUGAGAAAUUUAAGACCACGUAAACAAUCAAUUGAUUAUGUUGGUACAAAUAAAAGAAAAAAUAAUUCUGAUUUAGAAAGACGACCACAAAGUACAGAACCAACAAUAAUAUUAUCAAAUGAUUUUAUUAAAAAUGAACCAAUUGAUUUAGAAUCAUCAAGAACAUUAAGACCGCGUAAACAACACAAGACUGAUGUGAAAAAGAAAAAGAAAAUACGUUCAAAAAGUGAUGAUCGUACAAAAUCAUCGUUUCAAUUAAAAAUAAAACGUGAAAAUGAUGAUGAAGAAAUGGUACGACUUGAUUUGAGGCUAAUGGAAAAAUCCGAUGUAUCAUUGUUGAAGAAAAAAAAUAAUCAAGAGAAAAAAGAAUGGCGUGAACUUUAUAUUGGUAUUCAACGAAGUGAUGAUAUUCAUAAAAUUGAAGACACAGUAAUGAGAAAUAAUAAUCAUGAUGAAGUCAAUAAAAAUGGAUAUAGUGUUAAUAAAACACAAAAUUUCGGUAAAAAUUUUUCUAAUGAUGUUAGUAAAACUGUAUUUGUUGAUAGCAAUAUUGAUGGAAAUAAUCAUUAUAUUAAAAAUUUAGAAAAUUGGAGUAAAAAUUUAAGUAACGAACGGCAAAAUGUUACUAGCGAACAGCGAAAUGUAACUAGGGAACGGCAAAAUGUUACUAGCGAGCAGCAAAAUGUUCCUAGAGAACGGCAAAAUGUUACUAGCGAACAGCAAAAUGUUACUAGGGAACGGCAAAAUAUUACUAAAGAAGGACAAAAUGUUACUAGCGAACGGCAAAAUAAAGAUUGUCAAAGUAUUAAUAAAGAUAGACAACAUGGAACCAUAGUUAACAGCAAAAAUUUUAAUAAAAAUAAAAACACCAACAUUGAGACAAUUUACAUUAAUAAAGAAAUAAUUAAUGGACAUAAAAAAAAUCACAGUUUAUUAAGGAAAAAUCGAUUCAAAAAUAAGGAACUAAAGAGAAAUAGACUGAAAAAUAAUAAUAACAAUAAUAAUGCUAGUAACAUUGGAAAGGAAUCAAAAUUAUUAAAACGAUUACCAAUGCAAUUUUCACCAAAAAAUUUACGUAGUCAAGAUUUAUGUUUACGCAAUGGUAAAAUGAAAGUAAUGAAUUAUUUGAAUCAAACAAAUUUUCGUAAAGACAUUAAUAGAUUAAGUUUUUUGGAAAAAAUUAAUGAAACAAUGACAACGUCGCCGGCAAAGACGAUGACGACAACAACAACAACAACAACAACAACAACAACGACGACAAAUAAUAAAAUAAAGGGAAAAUUGAAUGUUAAUAUUGAAGUGAAACAUCUUUGUGAAAAGUGUAAUUACACUUUUGCUAAUAAAGAACUAUUUCGAUUGCAUGCAUGUUAUAGUAAUUGAUGAGAGACGAGGGGAAAUUUUUUUUUUGGUUUUUAGAUUAGAAACAAUUUUUUUUUUUUUUUUUAGUAUAGAAGAUAAAGUGUCAUAUUUAGAAAAUCGAUAUAUCGAUCAAGAUUUAUUCUCUCUUCUAUCUUUUCCUCUCUGUCUCUCAAUCUCUUCAAAAAAAAUAGAAGCGAUUCUCGAAAAUAUAUAAAUAAUUAUUUUUUGAUAUUAAUUUUUUUAUUUUUUUUUUUACAUUAGAAAAUAUUUACUUAAAUAACAUUUAUUGCUAUUAUAUACAUAUGCUAUGUUGUGCAUAGCAUUAAAAUUUUGGGUGUGUAAAAAACUUUUUUUUUAACCCCUCGCGUUUAAUAUAUUUCGAAAUUAGAAAUCAAAUUAUACGCUUUUUUGAUAAAAAAAAAACUGAUAUUUAAAAAUGAUGCAAUAAUAAUAGUUAUUAUUAUUAUUAUUAUUAUUAUUAUUUUUAGUUAAUAGUAAUAACUAAGUAUCUAUGUGUAUAGAGAAAAAAAGAAGACUGUUUUUGGUCACUAAAUAAUGAAGUUAAAGUGUUUAGAAAUUUGUUAAUAUUUUUUUUGUUUUUUUUUCUUAUAUUCACGAUGAAGAAAGAGGUGAAAUAAUUGUUCAUUAUUGAAAUGUAUACAGCACUUUUUAUAUAUAUGUGCGCAUUUAA